AUGGCAAUGGACGCCUGCUCCAGGAUCCACACUACGCGCUCAAGGCCGACUUCGAGAACAGCUCUAAGAUGUACGGCAGGGACAGUACCACUUCUACGAGCUCACGGUACUCACCUACCUGAAAAAGGCGAUCCGCUCGUACGGGAUCCUGGACCACGCCAAGAAGGGCCGCCUGACGUGGUGCCAGUCGACCCCAAGGUGUGCCGCAGCUUCCUGCCAGCCCUGUGCCAGCACGACGCGCUCGCCGGCACCGAGAUGUCUACGGGCGCCUGCUUUAAGAUCCACAACUACGCGCUCAAGGCCGACUUCGAGAACAGCUCCAGGAUGUACCAGCCGGGACAGCAGUGCUUCUACGAGCUCACGGUACUCACCUACCUGCAAAAGGUGAUCUGCUCGUGUGAGAUCCUGGACCGGGCCAAGAAGGGCCCCCUGACGUGGUGCCAGUCGACCGCGCGCAGCAAUCACCAUGGCGAAAAGGAGGCCAGGCUCAAGUCCUACGGCGACAUGAUGGACAAGAAGCUCAUCGACGCCGAAGAUCUCGGCAACAAGGACAAUGUGCCAGAGGCGCUCGCUGUCAUCAAGGAGGUCGAGCGGCUCAAGCGGCGCCGAAACCGAUUCGAGAGGACGUUGGACCGCAUAUCCAACAAAGCGGUCAAGGAGCGGAAUCAAAACAUCUGCGAGGAGUGCCAGCUCCGCAUCGGCCUCGACGACAACGAGCAACGCAUCGCCAACCAGUCGAGCACCCGGCUGCACAAUGACAUACUCGACAUGCGCCGAAAGAACGCCGAGCUCGCUGCCAGCCUCAGGAAGUCGCAAGUGCCGGGCGACUGGUCGCGCCUCGAAGUCGCGCCGCAGCAGUCGAAGCAGUCGACGUCGCACCUCGACCAGGGCGCAUAG